CAACUCCAGUGUUCGAACAUCAACAUUCAAAUUGGCGCUAUUACAGCUAUCGUAGGACCAGUUGGUAGUGGGAAAACAGCUCUGCUAGGUGCGUUGUUGGGUGAGAUGAGACGAGAGGAGCAAGAGGAUCCUCGUGUUCAAGAACAUUCAUCAGAAAGCGAUCGGCUUUUGCGGUCUCGCCAAGUCGCCUACUGCUCUCAAACUGCCUUUCUCCAACAUAUGUCCGUGCGUGACAACAUCCUCUUCACAUCGGAACUUUAUGGAGAAUGUAAGUAGCUUUUUCCAUUUAGCGGAUCGUGCACUUCCACUAUGCAUCCGUAUAAAUGUCUACUUCAUCAUGAGUUUGGUCGUUGAUUCUUGGAUGGAAGAAAAAGCUACGUAUCUCUCUUCAUACCAUCGACGCCGACUGGUACGCUUUCGUGGUCCGUCUCUCUUGCCUUGAGGAAGAUUUUACGCAAUUUCCCAACGGUGAUCUCACCGAGGUUGGUGAACGUGGCAUCACUCUGUCUGGUGGCCAGAAAACACGUCUGGCACUCGCUCGAGCCUUGUACAAGCGAGCUCCCAUAGUAAUGCUGGACGAUGUCUUUAGUGCGUGGGAUAUCCACGUUACGGCUAAGGUCUACGCUGGUUUGAAAGUCUACAACAUGGUCACGAAGAGUACAAUACUGUUGGCGACGCAUAAUGAGGGACUGUUGUAUAGGAACGUGGAAGAGCAAUAUCAACAAGCAGGUAUCAUGGAUCAUACGGAUAGCACCGGUGCCGCAAGGACCACUAUGGACCCCUGUAUCCAUCAAGUCUUGCAGGUAACACCGACAGGAAAGGUGACAGCAUUGUCGAACGAGAACUUUGACGUGUCAUCCUAUACGCAGACGAGCGAAUACAAGAAGACAAUGGUAAAACUUCAGGCUAGUAGAGGAACUGUUGCUGAUGAGGGGAUGCAUCCUACCGGAGUUGCAGAAUCCGGCAAAAGUCCUCCACCUACACCAUGUGCGAAAAACGAUCAAGAAAAGACAAAUGCAAAUUCUAACGAUGAAUAUAUCUACAAGGAGCUGCCGACUGAAAGUCCAACAAAGCAAGUGGUGCUGCAUAUCGAGGACAAAAAUGGAGUAGCGAAAGAGAGCGAAGAACAAGCAUCACCAUCUUCUAGAAGAAUAUCUCCUACACCACCACCUACGUCAGUUAUAAAACCAGACCAACAACAAGAACAACUCGUAGAGGCUGAGACAAAGGAGGAAGGCGCUGUAUCCUUGAGGAUUUGGGCCAUCUACUUGCUAAGCGGCAACAGUUCUUUCACUGCUACUGUGUUGUUUCUUUUCUCGUUCGUUAUCGCUGAAGCAGGAUACGUUGCGAUCGAUCUUUGGCUGGCGCAAUGGUCCAGCGACACGUUCAAAGAGUCAGAGGCGUUUUACUUGGCUUUUUACGCUUUGAUCGCAUUUCUGUACCUCGCUGCGCAAUUAGGAAGGUCGAUUUGGAUGGCCUACUUUGGGUACAGGUCUGGACGAAAUUUGCAUAUGAGAAUGAUCUUUUCGUUAUUCUUUGCGCCGUAUCAGUUCUUCGAAAAGACGCCGUCGGGAAGGAUUCUGACGCGUGUAGCAAAGUUGAGGGUAGGUUAAAGGUGUUUAUGUUGCCGUUCGUUUUGCCUUUCUGAAGGAGGAAAUAUGGCAUAACGAACGGGGUACACGAACACCAAGAGCCUACCUCUAACAAAGGACACAAACGAUUUGGAUUUGAUGCUGCCCGAUCGACUACAAUUUCUGUUGAUGUGUGGAAUGCGCGUUUUGAGCAUUCUGAUUGUCAUUUCCGCGACGAGUUACAUCUUUCUGGUCUUCCUCUUCUGCGUCGCGGUGUUGUAUUACUACCUGACGUACUACUACCGCUGCAGCAGUACGAACUUGCAACGACUGGAAGCACUGACCCGUGGCCCGAUGACCAGCAAACUCACAGAACUGUCGGCGCAAGGUUUGGUCACUGUGAGGGCUUUUCGCGUUCAGGAGACGUUUUCUCGCGACUUCAGAGACCUCUUGCGCGCGAACAAUCGGGCAUUUCAGACACAAAGGCUGUUGGAGUUGUGGUUGACGGCUGUGUUGAUGUUCCUGGGUGCCAUGGUGAUUGGAGGAAGCUGUCUGUCUUAAGGCGUGGUUUUGUGUAGUUGCAUUCUCCAAGUUCUAGUAAAUGGUCUCUCUUUAUUUCAAUAAAUUUAAGUACAUCUUCACCUGAGACACCUUCGCCUAUCACACAUGAUUGUUGUAUGCAACAGGAGCCAACUACUCUCUGCAAACCCUAACCAUCGCUCCUCAUCCUCCACGCCCAAUCUCCCCUGAGUGCAGGGAUGAUCGGACUCGCCAUUUCGAUGUCUUUUAACAUCAUCAUCAACAUGAACAUGGUCGCAAAAUCCAUCGUCCAAGUCGAGGCACAAUUGAAUGCAGUGGAACGAAUGUACGACUACUCACAACUGCCUAUAGAGGAUGCACAGUUUCCGCCAUAUGGACAGUUUAGGAGAGGACAGUUGCAUCAACCACAGGAAAGCAGAUUAGCUGCAGCAACGAGCAACAGCAAAGCUAAUGUUAAAGACGAAUUACCUCCUCUCGGAGAUCUAUUCCUGGAGCCACACCUUAUCAAGAAAGGUGAAGUUGACUCGGCUCCGACAUGUCAUUUCAAGGACAAUUCGAUCCGCUUCGACCGCUGUGAGCUCAUCUAUCGUCCUGGGCUGCCACCCGCAGUCAAAGAUUUUUCCAUCGAGAUCCAAGCAGGAGAAUGCGUUGGCAUUUGUGGCCGUACUGGCAGUGGCAAGAGUUCGCUCUACAGCAUGCUAUUGCGUCUGGUUCCACUAUCAGGAGGUCAAAUUUUCGUCGGCGAGAACGACAUUGCGACAAUUCCAUUGGAGCGUUUGAGGUCCUUUAUCACUGUCAUUCCUCAAGAUCCUGUGCUUUUCUCUGGAACUGUUCGAAGCAACGUGGACGUCUUUGGCGUGCACUCGGAUGAAGCGGUGUGGCGAGCAAUGCAACUGGCGCAACUAGAAAACACAGUCUCAGCUCUGCCUGAUCAGUUGAAAGCGAAAGUAUCAGCCAACGGGAGUAAUUGGUCACAGGGUGAACGCCAGUUGUUGUGUUUGGCAAGAGCGAUUUUGGCACUGGAAGGUGAAAGGAAGGAAAUGGAAGGGAGUUAUGUGUGGAGCGCUACCUAGUAGUUGAUCUUGAUGCUUAUUAGUAAUUAUUCAUUGGAAUGCUACUGGUACUUGUCUCAAUCUCAUCUCCACAAACUUUUCUCUUUCUUUCCGACCAUCACCAUCUCCUCUAACAAUCUCUUGCUCAUCAUCAACACUCUGGUAAAAUCCUCCUUCUCGACGAGGCAACCGCCGUCAUCGACCGAGCGACCGAUGAGAAGGUGCAGCAAUGUCUAAGAUCUGAGGUUUUUAGGAAACAUACUAGAGUCAUCAUCGCACAUCGACUCGAGACAAUCCAAGACGCAGACCGCAUUCUCGUCAUGAAUAGUGGAAAGCUAGUGGAAGUCGGACGACCAGAGGAAUUAAAAUUGUGGAAACUUAGUGCUGGAGGGGGGAAGGCGAAGGGAAAGGGUUAGCUGUCCACGUAGUUGUGGAAAGCACUAAACAUCAGAUCAGCAUGAGUUGUAUUUUACAUUAAAAUUAAACCUAUCAAUGAUUUUGUUUUAGAAUUAGAUAACACGUUCACCAACAUCAACAAAAUGUACAGCCAUAACUAAGCAUAAGAAUGUCAAUUCUCAUCGUUGCGGUCCUUCUGCUACUGCUUCUGGGAAAUUAGUUCCUAACUUGCAAACUGGAGGUUAGUUUUUGCAAACUGGAGGUUAUUCUUGUACAGUUUUGAAGAAAUGUGCAUAGAAGCACGCGAGUUUCGGUAGUAUAAGUUGCUACAUAUUAGAAGUGAAGGAUGGAAGUACUCGUACUGCACAUCCACUACAACAAGUGCGAGAGGGCCGUACCAUAUUGAUGUGACUUCACUUUCACAAUGAUUCCUCUUUCAUAUUCAUACUGACAUGAUAUGUUUUCCUGGGUAUGAGAAUUAGGUCCCGCAUCCUGGUACACACCCGUCUCCGCGCUACUUUUGGAGCAUCCGGG